ACUGAGUAGUGAUAAGAAGAGGGAAAAAGGAAAAAAAUAAUUGUUAAGAGAAAAAAGAAAGAAAAGAAAUGGAGGGUGAGAGUUUUACUCAUAUGAUUCAUGAACACCCGCUGAGUCUGAUCCCCGACUCGGCCCGGAAAAGGGGUUACGAUUCAUGGUGUUGUGGCUGUGGGAGAUACAUUUUACCCGGAGAUGCAACUUAUGGAUGCGGCCGGAGGUGUGGAUACAGGAGGUUGCUCCACAAAGAAUGCAUGGAAAUGCCGAGAGAGAUUAUGCAUCCUAUCCAUCCUUCACACUCGCUCGCAUUGUAUGAAUCUCAUAAUGGAUACAAAGAAUGUGCAAUUUGUAAAAGGGUGGUGAUAUGGUGGUUAAGCUACAUAUGUAGCCAAGGGGGUUGUGAUGGAUUUGUGAUCCAUUUAGGAUGUGCGGUGGGCCUUAACGAAAAGGAUUCAGCGCAGCCGGUAAUGAACCACCCAAGCCAUCCUCAACAUGAGCUACGAUUUUCAAAGAAAACAAGGUGGUGCCCAUUCCCCUGCGAUGCCUGUGGUGCCAUUGAGAAAGGGGACUCCUACACCUGCAACAUAUGCGACUACUGGAUACACGAGAGCUGCGCACUCCUUCCACUGUCAGCGGACUUCCCUCAUCAUCACCCCACCCACUAUCUGUCCCUCGCCUUUGGUGUUCCAUCUGUGUACAUCGAAUAUCAAUUUGAGUGUGCUAUAUGCAACAAAACCUUGCCAUUGAGACGUUGGGUCUAUCAUUGCAACCUCUGCAGUUAUGUCGUCCAUACCAACUGCGCCAACUCCACGUUUGAUGAUGAAAAUGCAAAUGCAAUUGAUGAUGAGAAAGAGGGUACCAAAUUUCCAAUGGCAGUAGAUGACAUGUAUGAGGAGAUGAUCGUACCUUUCGUUAAGCGAGAAAGUGGACAAAUUCUUGUCCCUCAUGAUCAUGACAAUCACAACAUCGGUGGCAAGUAUAACUUCUCCAAUCACCCUCAUCUACUAACUUUUAUUACAUUUUCGUCAUCAUCAUCACCUCGUCAUCUUUACAAAAAAGAUGACGAUGAAGAAGAAGAUGAUGAAGAUGAUUGUGACAGUAUUCCAAUAUUAGAAUUAACAUGUGAUGGGUGCACACUGCCUAUACGUGAAAAGAAGCAUACAGGUGAUGGGUAUGAGAGUGGUUACAUGAGUUGUGAUGAAUGCAAAUACUUUCUCCACUUGUCCUGCUUCAACUUACCACGUGAGAUCCCCAAUCAUCCACGUCAUCCUAACAACCACAAACUAAUGCUUCGAAAUGUUGGCAAGCUCACAGAUUGGAUAUUAUGUAGAGUUUGUUAUGCUUUUACAAAUGGGCUCUAUUACGCUUGUACUAGCGCUAACUGCUCCUUCAACAUAGAUAUCAAGUGUGCUUCUAUGCCCAACACCAUAAAACAUACAGCUCACCCACGGCAUAAUCAUCUCAUGCUAGAGCUAGUCACAGAAGAUAAUAUCUGGCCUGAUUUUUGCGCUGGCUGUUUUGAUCUAAUAACUACAGGAUGGCAUGCGGGAAAAUACAAAUGCAGUAGCUGUAGGUUCAGUGUGUGUGGCAAGUGUGUGAUGUUACCAGCAAGAAAUAAGCAUAGAGCGGAGAAGCACUUGUUGUCGUUGACAUAUGAUGCCUAUGUUAACCGUCCCGGUGAGUUCUACUGCAGCAGUUGCGAAAAACACAUGAAUCCUAGGAUCUGGAUGUAUCAUUGCCGAGACUGUGAUCAAUCCUUUCAUCCCAAAUGCUUUCCUGCUACGUCGGGUGAUUACAGAAACAUCAACUUUGGAACAGAGCAUUAUGUGAUCUCCAGUAUUCAUGACCCUCACCACCGUCUUAGAUUUCAAAUCACAACUAAGAAGAAGAGAUGUGAUCUAUGCCAUAAUGAUAGCUAUGGUGUCUCUGAAUUUUUUUAUUGGUUCUCAUAUUAUUAUGAGUAUUAUUAUGAGCAAAGAUUGUAUGAUGGGGUUGGGUUUCAAUGUGAGUCAUGCUUCUUUGUCGCAUGUAAACCAUGUGGUGUGAAACACAUUGAGGAUGCCCAUGCCAUCUGAUUCAAAUUGAAUCAAACUUCUCUUUUUUAA